AUGGCACAACCAUUUCCUGCCACUGCUGAAUCUUACAAGAACGUAUCUUUAGGCUUAUCUCUCACUGCCUUAAACAACGAUGAUUCCUGGCAAUCUCCAUCCAGUGAAUUUGCAUUCGGUAUCCAGCAGGUUGAAGAUGAUGGCUGCUUAUUAGCAAUCUGGUUCAACAAAAUACCUGAAAAAACCAUUGUUUGGUCAGCCAACAGAAAUAGUAUAAUGCAAAGAGGGACUAAAGUUAAGCUCACGGAAGAUGGCCGAUUAGUGCUUAAUGAUCGAAAAGGCAAACAGAUAUGGUGUGCUGAUACUACCGGUAGCAGGGUGGCUUAUACAGCCAUGCUUGACACCGAAAACUUUAUGCUGGCAAGACACGAUUCAGUCAAUCUGUGGGAGAGCUUUGGAGAGCCAACUGAUACUCUAUUGCCUACACAAAUUUUUAGCUGA